AUGCGUGACUGGCUUGAGAACUCCGAGGACGGUAGGGCCGUUGCCUCCCACCGCGCCCGGCUGCCCCUGUCCUUCUUCCAUCGAAUCCCAUCCCCGCGCUGCCGCCCGCCCGCGGCGAAGGCGAAAACGAAUAUCAACGCCGACGAAAAUGCCGUCGCCGCUGUCACUGAGCCACUACCCGGGCAUGAGCCUGUCCGAGAGGGUACAGAUCUGCCCGCGGCAGACUGCGGUGGCCCUGACGACGAUGCCGGCCUGAUGGUACCCGGGGUAUCAGCCGUAGGGCUGUACCAGGGCGGCAGUGACUGGAGUCCUCACGACAAGACUGGGGAUCAGGGGGCUGAGGGAGUUCCAGGCGCGGGGGGCGGGAGCGGAGAUGUUUUCGUGUGGAGGCGUUGCGUUGUGAAGAGGAGGGGGACCGGGGUGGGGGCGCCAAAAUCCACCGACUCGGGUUUGAUCGAUGUUGAGUGGGACGACUCCGCGGGAGGGGAGGUGAGAAUAAAUGGUUGGAGGGUCAGCUGA